UUUCACAUACUACUUCCAUUUAUUAAAGGGGCAGUAUGUAUUUUCCAGGCACAUGGUGCCAUUUUAUACCUCAAUUAAGUAACUAUAUAUUACCUUCAAUUGUUUUAAAAUGCUAUAUGUGUCAAACAUAACUUAAAAGAAAUUUGACUAGGCAAUUUGACACCUUGAAAUUGGGCCUCUGUCUCUUUAAGAAGCUCCUGCUCUUUCCGGCACUCACGCCUUCAGCACGUUGUCAUGACGUUGAGCCGUUUCCAAGCGCUCUUUGGAGCACUGGACAGAGAAAUAGUUUAUAUAAUAAGCUCUGCAGAUGCGCAGGCUCUAAGUCCACCGGGGCGUUUACACAGCUGAAUGGUUGCCAUGGGAGAUUCAAAGGAUUUCUCAAAUAUGCAUGUAAGAAUCAAGGCAGCAGUUGGUAUGUUUUUGAUGAGGGAAUAACAUCAUAACAUGAUGUAAAGCUCCAAAAAGUCGCUUUUACACAACACUGCCCCUUUAAGAGAAAUUAUAAACGCCCCUUCCCCAAACCUCAUGAUGGGUAGUUAAUAGAAUAAAUAGAUACAUGUAUAUGUUUACAUGCUAAUUUGUGUAUUAUAAUAAAUUAGAAUCUGAUUUAAAUUCAUGGGAACAUCGUUUCGUCCAUGUUUCAGUCAUCGCUUCAGCUUCUAAUCGUUGUUCACACCGCAAUCAGAAGGCGCUAAUGGACAGAAUCAGGUCAUUUCAUGACACCUGUAAGAAGAAAACAACGUGGCAGAACGCGGAGCAGCGGUUGCCAUAGCAGCAUCUUCCUGGUCAGUGCCGCAGGUGGGCAGGGGGCGACCUGUCAUGAGCCGCUGCUGACGCCUAUGGCGUGUAAGGAAUCUGUAAAGUGAGCGUGACAAUAUCAGGAAUGAGAUGAAAGGCUUACCCUGACACCUAGAGGUCACGUGCCUCAACUGCAGGCAGCGGAUCCAGGAGAUUCUGCAGAGGUUCUUCAGAACAUGAUGGAGAAACUCCCUUUGAGCUGAACCCAGGCAGGCCUGUUAUAGCACCAGCAGGACUCGUGUUCUUCCAGUUUCGGUGUUUACAGGCUCCAUCAAACACUCAGCUGACAUCAGCGCCUAGCUUUCCAUCCAGAGAGCCCAGAAGUCGGUUUGAAGGCAGUUCUACGAUUAAACCCAACCAGAGAGCUGAAAGAUUAAGGACAAAGGGCAGGAAGAGGAGUUUUUCUCCUUUACCUCGAUAAGAUCAAACACACAGAGGGACCAACUGCAGGAUUUUAUCUCUGCAGACACUCAGCUUUUCUGCGCCGCCUUCCAAAUCCUCACUAAACGUUCAUCUGGUGACCUAAAUUACUCCUGGAGAGGUGGCGGCCUCGCGACGCGGUCCUCGCGCACCUUGGGCGGCGUUCACGCUGAAAUCUUGAGCUUUCCACAGGGAGACGUCGCCAUGCCGACAGUGAAGAGCAAGAAGAAGAAGGCGAAGAAGGAGGUGAUGGAGGCAGAGGAGCAGGGCGAAGUGGGGCAGGAGGUGGAGAUGGAGGACAGGAGUAACUCCGACAGCAGAGACCAUCUGGCCCCGGAUCUGCACGACGCAGCGCCGCACAAGAAGAAGAAGAAGAAAAAGGCGUCAACUAUUGAUCAGGAAACAGAACACGGGGAUGUACCAAACGGCAACACGGCCGAGGCGGCCGGGGAAGGAGAGGAGAUGACUGUCGCCGUCACCAGGAAGACAAAACGGAAGAAGAAGGCGAAGGCGGCAGAGCACUACAGCAACGAUCUGGAAGCCGAAGACGAGGACAUCGUCACCGACGCUCAGUCUCCCAUUCCCCAGCAUUCCCUGUUCUCCGCCCCGCACGGACACAGCCAGCCGGUCGGCAAAGUUUUUGUGGAGAGGAACCGGCGUUUCCAGGCCGACCGAGUGGAGCAGCUCAGGCACUCGGAGCUGACUGAGGACUACAUGGACCCCAGGCAGAUCUGGACCACAAGGGACGUCUCUCUGAAGGUUCACAACGGCUUCAGGGCGGUCGGUCUGUUCUCUCAUGGGUUCCUGGCUGGCUACGCAGUGUGGAACAUCAUCGUUGUGUACGUGUUGGCCGGCGAGCAGAUGACCACGCUGCACAACCUGCUGCAGCAGUACCACCCUCUGGCCUACCCGGCUCAGUCUCUGCUCUACCUGCUGUUGGCCGUCAGCACCGUGUCCGCAUUCGACAGGGUCAACCUGGCCAAGACGUCUAUGGCCUUGAGAGGCUUCCUCACUCUGGACCCGGUGGCCGUGGCUUCCUUCCUGUAUUUCAUAGCCCUGAUACUGUCCCUCAGCCAGCAGAUGACCAGCGACCGCAUCAACCUUUAUCCUACGGCCAAUGAGACUCUGUGGCCUCCGGGCUCCGAGCAACAGAUCUUGCGGCCGUGGAUCGUGGUCAACCUGGUGGUGGCGCUGUUGGUGGGCGUGGCAUGGGCCGUCGUGUCCACGCGGCCAGACAUCGACUACACAGAAGAAUUUUUGAUGACGAUGGAGGUGGAGGGUUUCCCUAGAGGAGAUGAAAACCUGGACAUCCCUGCCUAAGACCAGACCUGUGGAAUAUAUGUCAGCCCGUGUACUAGACUCAAAAUUGAAUGGUUAUUUGAUGUAUGAUUUUG